GCUUCCGUUGAGCACUAGCAAGAUGGCAGCCUCCGAGACGGUUAGGCUACGGCUUCAAUUUGACUAUCCGCCGCCGGCCACUCCAGACUGCACGGUCUUCUGGCUUCUGGUUGACCUGAACAGAUGCCGAGUUGUCACGGAUCUCAUCAGUCUCAUCCGCCAGCGCUUCGGCUUCAGUUCCGGGGCGCUCCUAGGCCUCUAUCUGGAAGGGGGGCUUUUGCCCCCCACCGAGAGCGCGCGCCUUGUGAGAGACAACGACUGCCUCAGGGUUAAGUUAGAAGACAGAGGAUUUCCCGAGAAUUUGAAAAUAAGCAACGGUGGUGACUUUCAUUUCCCACCUAGGAAAGCAAAGAAGCGGGCUUUGAAGUCGGGGGAGGAUGAAGAGAUGGAGCUGGGUUACAGGUGCUCGAGGAAACACUUUAAGAGGCAAGAGGACAGCAGCCAGAACGAAAAGGCCGUGGGCCUGGGGACCAAACCCAGCCCAGAUGACAUGGGGAAGACGAAAAGCAAGAGAAAGAGCAAGGUGACGGGCAGCCCAGCCGAGGAGGAGGAAGAGACCAAAAAGAAAUCUCCCAAAAGAAAGGAGAAAAGCGACCAGAAGAAGCAGACCAAGGCCUCCAAGUCUGCCAAGCCACAAGCACCUAAAGAGUGGGGCUCACAGAACUGCAGCUCCCCCAAGGCCUCCCCCAGGAGCAGCCUUGCUAAAGGCCAGAGGAAAAGCAACAGGGGGCCCAAAGGGAGCUCCGACUACAUGUCCGAGUCUGAGUCUUGUCCGGAGUCAGUCAUCGAUGGCCACUGCAGUAUCACAGUACAGGGGCUCACCUUUUCAGAGAAGGUGUCAUCUGAGCUGCUGAAAGAUGGACCCCCUACCAAAACUGCAGCUGCCAACAGACAGGCCUCAAAGCCUGGCUUUACCUUUAGCAAGGGCAAGGCCACUGGAACCUCGUCCUCCAGCUCAGACUCCAGUUCAGAGUCGGAAGACCAGUUCGUGGUGUCCAAGAAGAUGCCAGAUGGCACUUCUGACUUCUUAAAGACAGCAGGCCUCUUUGCAGGGCAAGGGUGUCCGGGUCCAGGGCUGUCACUGCAGACUCCGGGUAUCAUGGGAUGGAAGUCCUCCGACUCGAGCAGAGGCCGACAAGCUUCUGGUCCUCCUUCCAGUGUGCCUGUCCCCACCAGUUUGGGAAGAGGAUGGGGACGAGGAGAGGACUUCUUGUUUGGGAAGGGACUGAGGGGCCGGGCCGUCCGGGGCCGAGGUCGAGGCCGAGGGCACACUGUCUCCUGUAUCUUAAACAGAGGCUCUGAGAGCCAGAAGCAGAAACAAUUACAUGAUAUCCUAACCAACUCAUCCACGGUGAUCCAGAAUCCAGUAGAGACCCACAAGAAGGAUUAUAGUCUAUUACCACUGUUGGCAGCCGCCCCUCAAGUCGGAGAAAAGAUUGCAUUUAAGCUUUUGGAACUUACAUCAGAUUACUCUCCUGAUGUCUCUGACUACAAGGAAGGAAGACUACUAAGCCAUGACCCAGAGACCCAGCAGGUGGAUAUCGAGGUCCUCUCUUCCUUACCAGCUUUGAAAGAACCUGGGAAGUUUGAUUUGGUUUAUCACAACGAAAACGGAACUGAGGUGGUGGAGUACGCCGUGACGCAGGAGAAGAGAAUCACUGUGCUCUGGAAAGAGCUGAUUGACCCCAGAUUGAUUAUCGACUCCUCAAGUAGCAUCUCAAGUAAAUAA